AUGGCGCACCCUCAACAGGGCGGCUAUGACGAAGGGUACGCCCACCACCCGGACGCCCCUCAACAACAUCAGGGGCAACAGGGUGGCGAAGGCUAUUAUCCCGAAGAACAGCAAGCCUACUACGACCAGCAAGGCUACGGACAUGGCCAGCAGGAUGGCUACUAUGAUGACAACGGCUACUAUCAGGCCGGCCAGGAAGGCUAUGGUCAGGAUGGCUACUAUGAGGCCGGGGCCCAGCAGGGUUACCAGGAUGAGUACUACAACGAUCAGUACUACGACCAAGGCCAGCAACAAGGCCAGUAUCAACAGCAAGGUCGUGGCUACAGUCAGCGAAAAGGCCGUCGCGGUCAUGACUCCGAAGAGGACUCGGAAACCUUCAGCGACUUUACCAUGAGAUCUGACAUGGCUAGAGCGGCUGAGAUGGACUACUAUGGCCGUGGUGACGAGCGCUUCAACUCGUAUGGUGAAGGCCAAGGUCGUGGCUACCGCCCACCGUCAUCGCAAGUCUCAUACGGCGGCAACCGAUCAUCUGGCGCUUCCACUCCCGUCUAUGGAAUGGAUUACACCAGCGCUUUGCCUGCCGGUCAACGGUCGAGAGAACCCUACCCAGCAUGGACUUCGGAUGCUCAAAUUCCGCUUUCUAAGGAGGAGAUCGAGGACAUCUUCCUUGAUCUCACGGCCAAGUUUGGUUUCCAACGUGACAGCAUGCGGAACAUGUUUGAUCACUUGAUGACUUUGCUCGACUCUCGUGCGUCCCGUAUGUCGCCAAACCAAGCACUGCUCUCACUGCACGCCGAUUACAUAGGUGGCGAGAAUGCCAAUUACCGGAAGUGGUACUUCGCCGCUCACCUUGACCUCGAUGAUGCUGUUGGCUUUGCAAACAUGAAGCUGGGCAAAGCUAACCGAGCCACCCGGAAAGCUCGCAAGGCAGCCAAGAAGAACGCCAACCCACAGAACGAGGAGGCGACUCUGGAGAGCCUGGAGGGCGACAACAGCCUCGAGGCCGCAGAGUACCGCUGGAAGACGCGCAUGAACCGCAUGUCUCAGCAUGAUCGUGUCCGUCAAAUAGCGCUUUACCUGCUUUGCUGGGGUGAAGCCAAUCAGGUCCGUUUCAUGCCUGAGACGCUGUGCUUCAUCUUCAAGUGCGCAGAUGACUACCUGCAUUCGCCAGCUUGCCAGAACCGUGUGGAGCCGGUCGAGGAGUUCACUUACCUCAACAACUGCAUCACACCGCUCUACACCUUCUGCAGAGACCAAGGCUACGAGAUCUACGAAGGCAAGUACGUCCGCAAGGAGCGUGACCACAACCGUAUCAUUGGAUACGACGACAUGAACCAGCUCUUUUGGUAUCCGGAGGGUAUCGAGCGGAUCGGCUUCGAGGAUAAGACCCGCCUUGUCGAUCUGCCACCUGCGGAGCGGUACGAGCGCCUCCAAGACGUGGUCUGGAAGAAGGCUUUCUUCAAGACUUAUAAGGAGACCCGGUCGUGGUUCCAUAUGCUCACCAACUUCAACCGUAUCUGGGUCAUCCACGUCACGAUCUUCUGGUUCUACACCGCGUUCAACUCGCCCACGCUCUACACCAAGAACUAUCAGCAGCAGCUCAACAAUCAACCGAACAAGGCUGCUCAUUUCUCUGCAGUCGCCUUGGGCGGUACGCUGGCUUGUAUCAUCCAGAUCGGAGCUACCCUUGCCGAGUGGCUGUACGUUCCACGACGAUGGGCCGGUGCUCAGCACUUGACGAAGCGCCUCCUUCUGCUCAUCGGAAUGUUUGUCAUCAACAUUGCGCCCGCUGUCUAUAUCUUCGGCAUCUCGCAAACCGGCAAGAUCGCGGUCAUUCUCGGUGUGGUUCAAUUCCUCAUCGCUCUGGCCACUUUCUUCUUCUUCGCGAUCAUGCCACUCGGCGGUCUGUUCGGCAGCUACCUUAACGGCAAAAGGCGCACAUACGUCGCCAGUCAGACUUUUACGGCAAGCUUCCCGCGCCUAAAGGGCAAUGACAUGUGGAUGUCCUUCGGUCUCUGGAUUCUCGUCUUCGGUGCCAAGUUGUCCGAAUCUUACUUCUUCCUGACCCUGUCGAUUCGUGAUCCGAUUCGCAUCCUUUCAACCAUGCAAAUUCGCAAUUGUGUCGGUGAUGCUAUCAUUGGGACAACCUUGUGCUACAAGCAGCCGAUCGUCCUGCUCAUCCUCAUGUACUUCACGGAUCUUAUCCUGUUCUUCCUGGAUACCUACCUCUGGUACAUCAUCUGGAACUGCGUUUUCUCCGUGGCACGAUCCUUCUACCUUGGUGUCUCGAUCUGGACGCCAUGGAGGAACAUCUUCUCCCGUCUGCCGAAGCGCAUCUACUCCAAGGUGCUGGCCACGACCGACAUGGAGAUCAAGUACAAGCCAAAGGUGCUCAUCUCGCAGAUCUGGAACGCCAUCGUCAUCUCGAUGUACCGCGAGCACUUGCUAGCUAUCGACCACGUCCAGAAGCUACUGUACCACCAGGUGCCGUCUGAGCAGGAGGGCAAGCGUACGCUUCGUGCACCCACGUUCUUCGUCUCCCAGGAAGAUCAUUCGUUCAAGACCGAGUUCUUCCCAAUGAUGUCUGAAGCCGAGCGUCGUAUUUCCUUCUUCGCUCAGUCGCUCUCGACACCUAUUCCGGAGCCGCUACCGGUCGAUAACAUGCCGACUUUCACCGUCAUGAUUCCGCACUACAGCGAGAAGAUCCUGCUAUCUCUUCGUGAGAUUAUUCGCGAGGACGAGCCGUAUUCACGUGUCACCAUGUUGGAGUACCUCAAGCAGCUGCAUCCGCACGAGUGGGAUUGCUUCGUGAAGGACACCAAGAUUCUCGCAGACGAGACGUCGCAGUUCAACGGCGACUUCGACAAGACUGAAAAGGACACCCAGAAGAGCAAGAUCGACGAUCUUCCAUUCUACUGCAUUGGCUUCAAGUCUGCGGCGCCGGAGUACACUCUCCGUACGCGUAUCUGGGCUUCGCUGCGCUCGCAGACGCUUUACCGCACCAUUUCUGGCUUCAUGAACUACAGCCGUGCUAUCAAGCUGCUGUACCGUGUCGAGAACCCAGAGGUUGUGCAGAUGUUCGGUGGCAACUCUGACAAGCUUGAGCGUGAGCUCGAGCGCAUGGCUCGCCGCAAGUUCAAGAUCGUCGUUUCAAUGCAACGCUAUGCCAAGUUCUCCAAGGAAGAGCGUGAGAAUGCCGAGUUCCUGCUUCGCGCCUACCCCGACCUGCAGAUCGCCUAUCUCGACGAGGAGGCCCCAGCCAGCGAUGGCGAGGAUCCAAGACUGUACUCCGCGCUCAUCGAUGGCCACUCUGAGAUCAUGGAGAAUGGCAUGCGUCGUCCCAAGUUCCGUGUCCUGCUUUCCGGUAACCCCAUUCUCGGCGACGGCAAAUCUGACAAUCAGAAUCACUGCUUGAUCUUCUACCGUGGCGAGUACAUCCAGCUUAUUGAUGCCAACCAGGACAACUACCUUGAGGAGUGCUUGAAGAUCAGGUCAGUGCUCGCUGAAUUUGAGGAAAUGACGACCGACAACGUUUCGCCAUACACCCCUGGCAUCCCGCCGACCAACUUCAACCCGGUUGCCAUCCUUGGUGCUCGUGAAUACAUCUUCUCUGAGAACAUUGGUAUCCUUGGUGACGUAGCUGCUGGCAAGGAACAAACCUUCGGUACCCUCUUCGCUCGUACUCUGGCUCAGAUUGGUGGCAAGCUCCACUACGGUCAUCCUGACUUCCUGAACGGUAUCUUCAUGACCACCCGUGGUGGUGUCUCCAAGGCGCAGAAGGGUCUGCAUCUGAAUGAGGACAUCUACGCCGGUAUGAACGCUCUGCUUCGUGGUGGCCGGAUAAAGCACUGCGAGUACUACCAGUGCGGCAAGGGUCGUGACUUGGGCUUUGGCUCCAUCCUCAAUUUCACCACCAAGAUCGGUACCGGUAUGGGCGAGCAAAUGUUGUCGCGCGAAUACUAUUAUCUCGGCACGCAGCUUCCCCUGGAUCGCUUCCUGUCCUUCUACUACGCGCAUCCGGGCUUCCACAUCAACAAUUUGUUCAUCAUGCUGUCGGUGCAGCUCUUCAUGUGGUGCCUGAUCAACCUAGGAGCUCUUCGCCACGAGACAAUCACUUGUCACUACAACCACAACGUGCCGCUCACCGACCCGCUGUACCCGACGGGCUGCGCCAACACGGUUCCUAUCAUGAACUGGGUGGAGCGGUGCAUUGUCUCGAUCUUCAUUGUCUUCUUCAUCUCCUUCGUCCCACUGACGAUCCAGGAGUUGACCGAGCGUGGGUUCUGGCGCGCCGCUACACGUCUGGCCAAGCACUUCAGCUCGCUGUCACCGCUGUUCGAGGUGUUCGUCUGCCAGAUCUACGCCUAUUCUCUGCAGCAAGAUCUUUCAUUCGGCGGCGCUCGGUACAUCGGUACUGGUCGUGGCUUUGCGACUGCGCGUAUGCCGUUCGGUGUCCUCUACUCGCGUUUCGCUGCUCCAUCAAUCUACCUGGGCGCUCGGCUCAUGCUGAUGCUGCUCUUCGCCACCAUAACGGUGUGGGGUUACUGGCUAUUGUGGUUCUGGGUGUCUAUCACUGCACUCUGCAUUUCGCCGUUCCUGUUCAACCCCCACCAGUUCGCCUGGUCGGAUUUCUUCAUCGACUACCGCGAGUUUUUGCGAUGGCUGUCCCGUGGCAACACCAAAGCUCACUCCGCUUCGUGGAUCGGCUUCGUGCGUCUGUCACGUACCCGCCUUACUGGUUUCAAGCGCAAGGCUCUCGGCGAGCCGUCUGCCAAGCUCUCUGGCGACACGCCUCGCGCGAAGUUCACCAACGUGUUCUUCGCCGAGAUCAUCGGCCCGCUCGUCUUGGUCGCUGUAACCCUCAUCCCAUACCUCUACAUCAAUUCCGGCACUGGUGUGGUUGCGGCAAACCAGGAAUCUGGUGUCACAGUCAAGCCGACCAACUCGCUAAUCCGCAUCGCGAUCAUCGCAUUCGGUCCCGUCGCUGUCAACGCCGGUGUCGCGUUCGUCUUCUUCGCAAUGGCCUGCUGCAUGGGCCCGGUACUUAGCAUGUGCUGCAAGAAGUUCGGCGCGGUCUUGGCUGCCAUCGCGCACGCCAUUUCCGUCAUCAUGCUCAUCGCCUUUUUCGAAGUUCUAUUCUUCCUGGAAGGAUGGUCCUUCACGAAGACUCUGCUUGGCAUGAUCGCCGUCUCGGCCAUCCAGCGCUGGAUUUUCAAGCUAAUCAUUGCUUUGGCGCUCACUCGUGAGUUCCGUGCCGAUACUUCCAACAUAGCAUGGUGGACCGGUAAAUGGUACACUCUCGGCUGGCACACGCUUUCGCAGCCUGGUCGAGAGUUCUUGUGCAAGAUCACCGAGAUGGGCUUCUUCGCCUCGGACUUUGUGCUGGGCCAUCUCCUGCUGUUCUUCAUGCUGCCGGCCGUGCUUAUCCCAUACGUCGAUAAGUUCCACUCGGUCAUGCUCUUCUGGUUGAGGCCAAGCCGUCAAAUCCGCCCACCAAUCUACUCGCUCAAGCAAUCGCGCCUUCGCAAGCGUCGUGUCAUCCGCUACGCCAUUAUGUACUUCUCGAUGUUCGUGCUGUUCCUUGUUCUCAUCAUCGGACCGAUCAUCGCCAGCCCGUACGUUAGCUUCAGCGUCGCCUUCAUGGAGCUGCAGCAGCCGACCAACUGGAUGAACAACGACACUCUUGGCACCAGCCAGACCGGUACCGCAGCUGUCGGCGGUGCGGCAGCCACGAGUGUUGGUGCGGGUGCAAACAGCCGGAUGAUGUUCUACUACAAGUAG